GGUCCGGGCGGCGUUGUGCACCAGGUGGGGUGCACCGAGCAACAAGACUCUCUCCCAGCACGGCGACGUGAUUAUUGGCGGACUCAUUAAUAUGAAUUACAUCCCUUCGGCUGUAAAGCAGGACUUCGUCAAGCUGCCACAUUAUGAACCUUGCACUGGGCUGGAACUGCAGUCGUUAAAGUACAUGUAUGCAAUGGCGUUUGCGGUGGAAGAAAUCAAUCGCCACAGCACCCUGCUGCCGGGAGUGAAGCUGGGAUACCGUAUAGUUGACAGCUGCGGCCGAUAUCCCUGGGCUCUGCAAGCGGCACUGUCGCUAGUCGGAGGAGACACAGGCGGCUGCAGCUCAACAGCCUCUACACCUGCAUCCCACGAGCAACCUGGAGAAGCAGGUGGGCAGCCCGUUCCUCUGCUGAUCGGUGCUUCCGCGUCGACGACAGCCAAAUUACUGUCCAGGAUCCUGGGGCCUCUCUCUGUACCCAUUAUCAGCUACCUGGCUAGCUGCCCAUGUCUUAGUGACAGACUCAAGUUUCCUAACUUCUUCAGAACAAUCCCCAGCGAUGUUUACCAAGCCCGGGCCAUCGCUCGGCUGGCCAUACGCUUCCACUGGGCUUGGGUUGGAGCUGUACUCGUGAACAAUGACUAUGGCCAUUUGGCAAUACAGGUGUUUCAGGACGAGAUUCAGGGGAAAGGGGUUUGUCUGGAUUUCAUAGAAACUGUCCACAGAGAAACUAUUGUGAGAGAUGCCAGACGUGCAGCACUCGCAAUUCAGGCUUCCACUGCGAAGGUUAUUCUGAUCUUCUGCUGGUACACGGAUGUGAAGGAACUAUUCCUGGAACUAAACAAAAUGAAUGUGACCGACAGACAGUUUGUGGCCAGUGAGGCCUGGAGCACCAGUGAUGAUAUCCUACAAGAUCCUGCCACCUCGAAGGUGGCAAGCGGGGUUCUCGGCGUGGCCAUCCGAAGUUCAACGAUACCCGGAUUUGAAAAAUACCUCAGAAACUUGCACCCAGUUCGUCGACCUGAUGAUGGAUUCUUAGGAGAGUUCUGGGAAAAGGAGUUUGGAUGCAGCACAGGCAACAGAGCCUCCUUUUCAUAUCCCUCUUCACCACUUAAAGCCCAGACUGACCAUCCAUCAAAUUUUCCCACCCCGUCUCUCGCCAAGGAGUCCGUUCAGAAAGCUUCUCUACCCCCCUGCAGCGGCACAGAGUCCCUGGAGGCCGUGCAGCAUCCCUUCACUGACACCUCUCAGCUACGGGGAGCAUACAAUGUCUACCUUGCUGUUUAUGCUGCAGCCCACGCCCUCCACAGCCUGCUCUCCUGCAACAUCUCAUCUUGCUCCUCUCCGAAACACAUCGAGCCAAUAGAGCUGUUGCAGCACAUGAACGGUGUGAACUUCACCACGCCACAAGGGGAAGAGUUUUAUUUCCAAGGAGCUGACAUUCCUGCAAAGUAUGACCUUGUCAACUGGCAGAGCACUCCCGAGGGGCCGCUAAAGCUCGUUGUGAUUGGCCAUGUGGACGGGUUUGAUCUCCACCUCAACGAAUCAGCUAUUCAGUGGAGCACAGAAUCCAAUCAGGUGCCUGUUUCAGUGUGCAGUGAGAGCUGCUCACCAGGAUCCCGACUGGCCCACAGGAAAGGGCAACCUGUGUGCUGCUUUGACUGUAUCCCGUGUGCUGACGGGGAGAUUAGCAAUAUCACUGGUUCCCCUGACUGUGAGCCCUGUCCGUCUGACCACUGGUCCAAUGCUAAACGAACCGCCUGCAUCCCUCGCCAGUUGGACUUCCUGUCCUUUGAUGAAACCUUGGGCAUUACCCUGACAACAGCAGCAGUGUCUGGUGCCACGGUGACAACGGCUGUGUUAAUGGUUUUUGCUUACUACCAUCAAACACCUGUGGUGCGAGCCAACAACUCUGAACUCAGCUUUCUGCUUCUGCUGUCGCUGAAGCUCUGCUUCCUGUGCUCACUGGUGUUCAUCGGCCGUCCGUCAGUCUGGUCGUGUCGGUUCCAGCAGGCAGCUUUUGGGAUCAGCUUUGUGCUGUGUGUUUCCUGCCUCCUGGUAAAAACCAUAGUGGUUCUGGCUGUUUUUCGCUCAGCUCGGCCUGGUGCUGAAUCCUUGAUGAAGUGGUUCGGUCCAGGCCAACAGAGAGGCAGUGUCGGCCUCUUCACCAGUGUACAGGUUAUCAUCUGUGCCAUAUGGCUGUCCCUCAGCCCGCCUAUGCCUCAUCAUGAUAUCGGUUUCCAAGGGUCAGUGGUCACCCUGAAGUGUGCCAUGGCCUCUGUGGUGGGCUUCUCUCUGGUUCUGGGCUACCUUGGCCUGCUGGCCUGCACCUGCCUCCUCUUGGCCUUUCAUGCUCGGAAACUCCCUGACAACUUCAACGAGGCCAAACUGAUCACCUUCAGCAUGCUGAUCUUCUGUGUUGUCUGGGUGGCGUUUGUCCCUGCCUACAUUAGCUCCCCUGGGAAGUAUGUUGUUGCUGUGGAGAUUUUUGCAAUUCUUGCCUCCAGCUAUGGUUUACUGCUCUGCAUUUUUGCCCCUAAAUGUUUUAUUAUUCUAUUGAGGCCUGAGAAAAACACAAAGAAACACCUGAUGGCUAGAUAGGUUCUGUUGCACAAGCCACGCACCGUGCAUAUCUUUUUUAUGUUUUUGUCUCGUCAAUUUGUUUCAUGUAGAUAAAUCCAAUUGUAAAGGUGCUUCUCAGAGUUGCAGCUUUUAUUUGCAGCUUAAUAUCUAAGAACAAGUCUGCUGUUCUUAGACAUCAUGGAUUAUUCUAUAAAAACUUACGCUUUAUUAAUUUGACUAUUCUCCAUUCCAAUGUUUUGAUAAAAUACUUUACCUCAAAUGAAUGAAACUCUAAACAACUUUCUUAGAAAUCAGAAUUAGUUAUUUAUUUGAGAUUGUGUGUAACACUAUGCCGUCCUUUUCACUAUAUGCAUGCAUUAACUCUUUGUAAAUAAUAAAGAUUUAACACUA